AUGGGCUGUUUAGCCUUUCGAUCAUAUUUAUUUAUAAUUACUAUCAUUCUAACAGUUUAUUUUGGUGAUACGGAAAGAGCAGAUCAAGAUUAUGAUAAUUAUCAGGAAUUUGCUGUUGUAGAAGGACAGCAUGGUCUUUUUCCAACAAUUUUCAAUUUGGCAACAAAUGCGCUAAUUUAUGCGGAUGCUACCUGUGGUCAACAUAAUCGUGAAAUUUAUUGCAAAUUAGUGGAGCAUGUUUUUAACAGGCAACCGCAAUGUGACGUUUGUGACGCAAAUGACGUACGGAAACGUCAUCCAAUUGAAUUUGCAAUUGAUGGUACACGACGUUGGUGGCAAAGUCCAUCGUUAGCUAAUGGACUUGAUUACGAACGGGUCAAUAUUACCAUUGACCUGAGACAGGAAUAUCAAGUAGCGUAUGUAAUUAUAAAAAGUGCAAUUGCACCUCGACCUGGAACUUGGAUUUUGGAGAAAUCACUUGAUGGUAUUAAUUAUCAACCAUGGCAAUAUUAUGCAGUUAGUGAUGCUGAAUGCUUACGACAAUUUAAUGUACCAGCAACCACUGGUGUACCACGAUUUACACGAGAUGAUGAGGUAAUAUGUACAUCAUACUAUUCAAAACUUGAUCCGUUAGAAAAUGGUGAGAUUUAUACUUCACUCGUAAAUGGACGACCAUCUGCUGAAGCUGCAUCUGAAACUUUACAGCAAUUUACUCGAGCUCGUUAUGUACGUCUACGCUUGAUGAGUUUACGUACAUUAAACGCUGAUUUAAUGAUUAUCAAUCGACGUGAUAAGAGCAAUAGAUUGGAUCUGUCGGUGACAAGACGUUACUUCUAUGCUAUCAAGGAUAUCAGUAUUGGUGGUCAGUGCAUUUGUCACGGACAUGCAGAAAGUUGUCCACCUGAUCCGGUCACUGGGCAAUCACGUUGUGAAUGUCGUCAUAACACGUGUGGUGAAUCCUGUAGUAAAUGUUGUCCACUAUUUAAUCAACUUCCGUGGCGUCAAGGAACGCAAUUACAUCCUAAUGUUUGCCAACCUUGUCAAUGUUUUAAUCAUGCAACACAUUGCGAAUACGAUGAAGAAGUGGAACGAUUAGGUUUAAGUGUUACACCGGAAGGUAUUUUUGAAGGUGGCGGAAAAUGCAUCGCCUGUAAACAUAACACUGACGGAAUAAACUGUGAACGUUGCAUGUGGACAUAUUUCCGACCGUCCGGUGUUACGCAUUAUCGAGAAGAUGCAUGCCGGCCUUGUGAUUGUGACCCAAUCGGUUCCGAGCAUAAUAAUUGUGUUCGAGAUGAGACAAGCGCGGAUGGUGAUCAAAAGCCAGGUGAUUGUAUCUGUAAACCGGGAUUUGGUGGACGUCGAUGUGAUGUUUGCGCACCGGGCUACCGGAAUCAUCCAAAAUGUGAGCCAUGUCCAUGUAAUCGAGCUGGUUCCCUGAAUUUUGACACCUGCGAGGAAGAACAUUGCAUUUGCAAGGCAAACGUAGAGGGCGUUUAUUGUGACCGAUGCAAGGAAGGUACAAUUAACCUGGAUAUGAAAAAUUCAAAAGGUUGUCAACCUUGUUUCUGUUUUGGUCUUAGCAAUAAAUGUCAUGAAAAGCAGUGGAAUCGUGGCGAGAUACGAAGUACUACAGGUUGGGUACUAACAGAUCUGUCAGGUGAAAAAAUAGUUCCACCGAAAUCAGAAAAUGAAGUAUUAAUGUAUACCAAUAGUGAAUAUAGAAACAAUGAUUUGUACUAUUGGAAAGCACCAAAAGAAUUUAAUGGAAAUUUGCUGAAUAGUUAUGGUGGAAAUUUACAAUAUUUUGUAUAUUUUGUACCGAUGGGUAAUGGAGAAGAAACAUCAAUUCCUGAUGUUAUCAUAGAAGGUAAUGGUAUCAAAUUGGAAUAUUAUAGUCAACAAAAUUUCUUUCCCAGAGAAAAUAUUAGCAUUCAAAUACCAAUGAAAGAAGACAGUGGUUGGCAUAAUUCACAUAUGCGUACGCCUACUGAUAAGCAUGAAAUGAUGCGUGUUUUAGCUGAUCUUAACACAAUGCUAAUACGAGCUUUGUAUAAUAAGGAACAAAUACAAUCCAGUAUUUAUGGAUUAACACUGGACACAGCGAUUGAAUCGAAGAAAACAGCGGAGAGUACAGAUGGAUUAUUACCUAAUACACUGAUGCGUGGCGUGGAAGUAUGUCAGUGUCCCGAAUAUUACGCAGGCAAUAGUUGUGAACGUUGUAUAUCAGGAUAUCGUAGAGUAAACAAUCAGCUAUUCGAUGGUCAUUGCGAGAAAUGUAAUUGUGAAGGACAUUCAUUUGAAUGUGAUCCUUUUACGGGUGAUUGUAUCAAUUGUCAACACAAUACAACUGGUCGUCGAUGUCAUCAGUGUUUACCCGGACAUUAUGGUAAUCCAUCGUUGGGUGGUGAAUUUGGUCAAUGUCACCCAUGUGCAUGUCCAACUAUCGAGAAUAGUCAUUCUGCGUUAUGCAGUCUAACGCAACUUAUUGUUGGUGGUGCUGCAGCGUACGGUGAAGACGCGUACGUUUGCACCGCGUGUGAACAUGGCUACGAUGGUAAUAAAUGCGAAAUUUGUGCUGAUGGUUUCUUUGGUAAUCCACUUAUAAAGAAUGGUACCUGUGAACCGUGCAAUUGUAAUGGUAACAUUGAUCCAAUGACUAUUGGAAAUUGUGAUCGGAAAACAGGAAAAUGCUUAAAAUGCAUCUAUAAUACAGCCGGUGAUCAUUGCGAGAAAUGCAAAGAGAAUCAUUGGGGUAAUCCGAAAGAUAAAUCCUGUCGACCAUGCGGUUGUCACCCUAAAGGUUCCCAUUCGGCAACAUGUGACAAAUUAACUGGUAUUUGUGACUGUCACAAUAAUUAUGUGGGUAUGCAGUGCAAUCGAUGUAAGGAUGGACAUGGCGACAUUGAAAAUAUGUGUCCUGCUUGUAGUUGUAAUAUGACCGGUUCCUUUAGCAGUGAAUGUGAUGAAGUAUCCGGUCAAUGUGCUUGCAAGACAGGUGUAUUUGGAAAGCAAUGUGACAUGUGUAGAGCAAGUUAUUUCAAUUUUUCCGAGAAUGGUUGUGAAUUUUGUCACUGUAAUGCAUUUGGUGCAAUAGAUGAUGGUCGUUGUGAUAAUGUCACCGGAAAAUGUGAAUGUCGCAAAAAUGUAGAGGGAAAAAUGUGUGAAAAAUGUGCAAAUGGUUAUUUUAAUAUAACUAGUGGACUAGGAUGUCAAGCAUGUGAUUGCGAUUCAAUAGGCUCUAAAGGUAUCCAAUGUGAUACACAUACAGGCCAAUGUGAUUGCAAAUCUGGUGUUACUGGAUUAAAGUGUGACAAAUGCGCCCCGAAUCAUUUUGGAUUAAAUGCAAAUGGUUGUAAAGAAUGUCGUAUAUGUCCAGCACCUGGUCAUAUUUGUGAUUCAAUAACUGGUGAAUGCAUUUGCCCACCUAAUACCAUCGGUGAAAUGUGUGAAAAUUGUUCCAGUAAUGCAUGGAAUUAUGAUCCGUUAAACGGUUGUACUCUCUGUGAUUGUUCCGGUAUCGGUGCUGAUGGACCAAAUUGUAAUCCUCAAACCGGACAGUGUAAUUGUCGAUUGGGUUUUGUUGGUUUAAAAUGUGAUCGAUGCAUUCAUGGAUAUUUUAAUUUUCCGCAAUGUGAAUUAUGUAAUUGUGAUUUAUCCGGAACUGAUCCAGCAACCUGCAAAAAUGGUGCAUGCCUUUGUGAUGAGAUUGGACAGUGCAGCUGCAAGAAAAAUGUGAUAGGAUUAAAAUGUGAUAGUUGCGAUGCAUAUAGCUUUAGUCUCGAGAAAAGUAAUAUAUUUGGUUGCACCGAUUGUUUCUGCUUUAAUCGUACUAAUUUCUGCGUACAAAGUAGUUUUGUAUGGCAACAAAUUUAUGCAUCCGAUCGACAGGUAAUAUUCUCAGAACCAUGGAAAUAUUAUAUACGUAAACAUAAUUUGAAUGUGCUUAGAGAGAAACCAUUGAUAUACAAUAGUUAUCCAACAGAUAUUACACCUUUAUAUUGGCCUCUUCCAUCAAGUUUCCUAGGUGAUCGAACAGCAUCCUAUAAUGGAUUUAUUCGUUUCACAAUCAAAAAUGAUGAUAAUUAUCGUGGUAUUACUAAUGUAGCACCUGAUCCACAACAUUUUCGCUUCUUUCCACAAAUUAUCUUGGUUGGCAAUCAUCGUAUCAUUCUGGAACAUACACCUGAUGAAGUGAAUCAAUCAGGACGCUAUAAAAUUCGCUUACAUGAAAGUCAAUGGCGUUCACGUUUAAGUCCUGACGUACCAGUAACACGUAAACAGCUAAUGAUUGCUUUGCAAAAUUUGCAAGGCAUUUAUAUCAGAGCAACAUACAACUAUCCAUCUACUGGUGAUACAGCUUCUAUCAAUGAAAUAAGUAUCGAUGUAGCUGUUUGGGAUAAUACAACUGAUACAUCAAAUUCAGUUGCAAUUGGUGUUGAAUUAUGUGAAUGUCCUCAGGGUUAUGCUGGUUAUUCAUGUCAAGAUCCAGCUGAUGGUUAUUGCCGGAAAAGACAACCUGAUUUCUUGAAUAGUCCGGACGAUUUGGCAUUGAUAGGUGGACCACAGCCAUGCAUUUGCAAUGGACAUUCAACAACAUGUGAAGCAGAAACUUGCAGAUGCACUAAUUGUGAGCAUAAUACAUACGGUGAUUAUUGUGAACUUUGCAAGCCAGGUUAUCAGGGAAAUGCAUUGGUUGGUGGUGCAAAUGCAUGCACGAAAUGUGCAUGUCCAUUACCGGAUAAUAGUUUUAGUGAUACAUGUUUAGCAGUAGGUAAUGAUGGAGGAUAUAUGUGUGAUGCAUGUAAACCGGGUUAUACCGGAAUGCACUGUGAAAGUUGUCUGACCGGAUACUAUGGUAAUCCAAAUGUGAUCGGUGGUAUGUGUAAUGAAUGUGCUUGUCAUCAGCAUGGCUCAAUUCAUGGAAUUUGUAAUCAGGAGACAGGUCAAUGUGAAUGUCGUCCAGGUUUAUCAGGUCGUGAUUGCUCAUUAUGCAAAGAACGACAUGCAUUCAUGAAUGGUAUAUGUACAUCAUGUGAUCAAGGUUGUACUCGUGAUUUAAUGAAAGAAAUGGAUGAUUUAGAAGAAAUUAUGAGACAACAAAAUUUUACAAAUUUAAGACCAAUACCAUGGAAGCGUGCUGCUCGAAUAAGUAAUACAACAAAAAGUUUGCAUUUAACUUUGGAAUCAUUACAGUUGGAAAGUUCGAUUGAUGAUGAUACAACUAAAAGUAGCCUUAACAUUGAUGAUAACUUCUUAGAUGAAGUUAAUGGAUUGGUUGAGCAGACGAAAUUUUUGCUAGAACGAACUAAUAAGUCAAAAAAUACCUUACAAAAGAGCAUAGCUAAAACUGAAAAAUUAUCUGAGAGAGCUCGAGAACAGGAAGAAAUCCUUCAUGAAGUUGUCGGUCAACUACGAAAUUAUAUCAAUUACGGAUUUGGAAAACAGGAUAGCUCAAAGAUUGGUAUUUUGAUUCAGGAAGCAAAUAUCCAUGUAAAUGCAAUGAAGGAACGUGGAAUUUACAUUGAAAAACGUUACAAUCGUGGAAAGACCGAUUUCGAGAAAUCUCAAAAUUUAAUGAAGUUGAUAACAUCACGUAUGCUAAAUGAUACCUCAUUUGUUGAGUUACGUAAACAACUGGAUGCAUUUGAACAAUGGUUACACGAUUAUCGAGAUACAAUUUGGGAUAGAGCACGUCAGGAUACCGUAUCAUCCGAUAAAGUAGCAAUUAUAGUAGCGAAACGUGUAAAUCGAUUUAAUGACGUGAAAGCAAAUAUCACAGAAUUAUUAGCUAAAGCAACGGAUGAAUUAAGCGAAGCAGAAAAUAAAGUAUCAAUUGCAAAAGCAGAAAAAAUUUUGGCUAUGUUCGAUGAUUUCAAGCUUAUCAAUGAAACAGUACUACCACAAGUAGAUGAGAUGACGAGAAAAUGUCGCGAUGAAGCGGACAAAUAUGGUCAACUUUUGGAUGCAUAUCACGAAGAAUAUGUAGAAAAAAGUGAACAUCACGCUGCAGCACUGGAAGAUGAAGCGCAAAAAUUGAAAAAUUCUUUUGCGGAUACAAAAGAUGCCGCAGCAGAUCCUGUUCGUGCAUCAAAUGCUUACAAAGAAAUUCUUGAUGCGUUACGGAAUGCUAGUGAAGCAGCGGAAGGAGCAAAGAAAGCUGCGGAAUUUGCAUAUAUUGAUGCGGAUCCAAAAUCUGAUAUCUCAAUGGUUAAUAUGGCAUUACAGGCCAAGAAUCGCAGUAUGGAUAUUAAGGAAGAAGCAGAUGAACUUGGCUUAAAAGAUUUGGAGAAGGAACGUUUGACAGCCAAUAUGGAUCUAAAUGAACUGAAGGAAACAUUGCAAAAUUCAAUGAAACGAAAAAUAGGAAUAAGUGAGCAAUAUCAGUCAUUCGAUGAUCAACAUGAUCGAAUGACCGGAUUGAUUAGUGUGGUUGAUGAUGCGGAAAAACGAGCCAAAAAUGUACAUCAGAAAAUGCAAGAAAUAUCGGUCGAAAUUGCUACAAUGAGCGAUGCUGUUUCGAAACUGAAAGGCUUUGCUGGACAAGGCAUCCGGAAUGUCACUAAUGACGUACGCAAAGCUAAUCAAGGAGCACAGGAAGCGAUGAAAAAAGUUUCUGAAGUGAAAAAGCAAACAGACAGCGAUUCGAAACGAAUUAAUGUUUUGGGUGAACAAAUUAAAUUAUUACAGGAAAAAAUUAAAGAAGCACGAGAGAAGGCAUCACGCAUUCAAAUUUCGAUGAAAUCUGAUGAAAAGGGUGAUUGCCGCCGCGCUUUUAUUUCACCCGCACAUUUGGCUCCAACUAACUUAUUCACCAUUAAAUAUCGUCCUUUGCGGAAUGUUCCGGAUUCGUUACUAUUCCUAACAAAAACCAAAACUAAACGCACUCAGCAAUCAGAGUACAUUGCAAUGGAAUUAAGAGAUCGACGUAUUGUUGUGCACUGGAAUAUCGGUUCCGGUAUACGUAUGGCUACCAAUACACAUACUAUUAAUUAUAUUGCACCAAGUGAUCGUACUGCCUGGUACCAUAUAGUAUUAGAAAGAUUUGGCAAUUCGGUAACACUGACUGUAGCACUUCAUCAUACAAUAAGUGGUGAAGGUGAACGAACGGUUGGUGAACCGACUACCGUUUCGGUAGGUCAACCGGACGAGGAUGACAGCAUCAUUUUCAAUACGGUACAUGGUGAAACACUGAUUCAAUUUGGUAUUGAAGCAAAACUUUCACAGGAUUUAGGUUUAGCAACUAACAAGUUCCUGGGUACCAUUGGUGAAUUUACUGUUGAUGGUGAAACUUUGCCGCUUUGGGCGUUUGCAGAAAGUACUAGAGUUUGUGAAGGAGAUUUUGCUGCACCGGAAAGUCAGGCUACCGGUUAUUUUUUCCGGGAUGGUUUUGCGCAAAUUCAUCUUCCUUCAACCGAACGACCAAGUGGUGCGCAAAUAACAGUGAUCUUAUCAGCUUAUUCACCAAAUGGUCUAAUAUACUUCCGUGGCAAUCAGGAAAAUGGAGAUUUUGUUUGUUUGGAACUUCGUGAAGGACAUGUCGUCUUCAGGAUCAAUCUUGGCGAUGAUUCUUAUGCACUUGUUAAGUCUAAAAAAUCAUCAUAUGCUGAUGGACGCUCACAUACUGUUCGUGUCAUUAGGAAUUAUGAUAAAAUACAUUUACAGGUGGAUGACGAAAGCGAUCGUAAUUCCGCAACAAUACCUGGUGAAAAUGCAAAACUGAAUAUUAACGGUGAUGAUCACUUUGUUGGCGGCAUUCCGCCAGGUUUCAAUACUACUGCGUUCCGCAAUUUCGACAUUCAUUGGAAUGAAUUUUUUGGCUGCAUUCAAUCAGUUCGACCUUCUCAAGUUGCAGAAUUGGAUCUCGACAAUCCAAUACGUUCACAACGUAAGCUACGUGGAUGUACUUUCAGAAAUGGUGAAAGAUUGGAACCAACUGAUAGAGUGGUUAGCUUCAAUCGUCCAGGUUAUUUGGUCGUUCAAGGAAUUCAACUUAGCAAUAAUUCCACAUUUGCAUUUGCAUUCCGCACAAAGACCGCCAAUGCUACAUUGUUAUUCCAGUCGAGCGAACUGGAAACUUUCAGAAGACGUCGAAAAAUUAGAGAUUCUAUUGGAACGGGAUAUCUGGCAUUUUAUCUCUACCGUGGUUAUUUGGUUGUACAUCUUGGUACCGAUUCAUCACAGAAAAGUAAAGUGCUCACAUUAAGAUCUGAGACUACCUACAACGAUGGGCAACUUCAUUCUAUCUUUUUCACUCGUUUUGAAACAUUAGUUCGACUUCGAGUAGAUGAUCGAGAGGUAGCAUCUGGUACCCUUGGUGAGCAGAAUACCAUUGGAACCGCUUCAUCACAGUUAUUCAUUGGUGGAUUUCCAGAUGGUAUAAAACCAUCAGCUAAUGAAAUGCCAAUUGCUGAAUCAAUGAUUGGUUGUGUAUCAAAUAUUUUCAUUGAUUAUCGACUUGUCCCAAUUAUACCGGAAGCACACAUUGCGUUAAUUGGUACCUGUCCAGUAGAACAAAUUUUCUCAUUACAAAAAUCAGAACGGCGAACAGAUGUGGAAGCAUUGCAAGCUGACGAACAAAAUGCUUUCAAUCAAAAAGCAUCGAAACUUUCAUUGCAUCUAACAGAGCCGACAUUGAUCAGCAAAACAGAACGUCUCUAUGCGGAUGGAUCAGUGAAAGCAAAUCCGGUGAAUAUCAGAGAAGCUAUUAAUGAUCCGGAAGAAUUAGAAUCAAAUAAUUUGGAACAAUCCAUAGUAGCAAUAGAUGCUACAACAUUCAAUGUUAUUCCUACUACCGGAAAUCUAAUCGGAUCAGCGGAAAGAAAAAAUGAUGAUGAUGACGAUAGUACUACUUAUUUCUCAACUUUAACAGAUUUUGGUCCAAAAAAAUGCGGUUCAAAUUUGUUAGCUAAGAAUGAUGGUGAAGGUGCGGCACGAUAUGGAAUAGCGGAAGCAAGUCAUUCUAAAUUAAACUUUGAGGAUGAUGAUUUAGAUACCAAUCAAUUCAAAAUUAAAUUUGCAUUCCGCACAAUAUUACCAAACGGAAUGUUAUGGAUUUGGGCUAAUUACAAUAAUUAUACUCGUUAUUUCUUCCUAAAUUUAAUCAAUGGAUUACUACAAUUUCAGGUGCGUGGACGUAAGGAACCAAAAAUUCUGUUUUAUAAAUCAAAUAAAUUAAAUGAUGGACAAUGGCAUGAUAUUAAUAUGUUAAAAAAAGGACAAGAAAUUCUUCUCAAGGUUGAUCGCAAUCCGGCACAAUACUUGAAAGAUGUGUCAAAUCCGAAACUGAUCCGUAAACGAAUGUACAUAGGUGGAGUUAUUUCAAAACAUCGAAAACAGUUUAAUUUAACAGUACCCUCAUUUUCUGGAUGCAUUAGAAAUUUUGAAGUAAACGACAUUCAACAGGAUCUAUUCGCGAAAAGUCGUCACGUUGUGCCAUGCGUCAAUUCUAAUUCUGCGUACGUUCACGAAGGCGGUUAUAUGACGUUUGGAUCAUUAAAGUCUAUUCGACAAUUUGGAAAUAUUCAAAUUUCGGUGCAAUUUCGACCUGCUGUAAAAGAUGGAUUUAUCUUCGGUUUAAUGACAAAUAAAGAUCCAGAAAAUGCACGAAUUGCUGUUUACCUUAAAAAUAGCUUGGUGACAUUCGAACUGGUCUACAACAAUGAACAUCAUGAACUAAAGCAUAUUUUUAAAAAAGAUUUAUGUGAUGGUAGUUGGCACAAUGUUACUCUUUCUAUAUCACAUUCAAAUAUAAUUGUUAUCACUGUUGAUGGACAUCGAAAACGUUUACAGUUAAAGAUGAGUUCAGAAUUGAUAGAAUUUUUCCGAAAUUUGCCAAUUUAUAUUGGUGGAGUAACUGCAUCAUCAACUUCUAAAAUUGGUGUACUAUCAUUGAUUGGUUGCUAUCGUGAUCUCCAAUUUUACGGAAAAGUAAUGGCUUUCAAAGAUGCCAAAAAGUUGAAUAAAGUGCUACCUGAUGGUUGUCCAUUUUUAAAUUAA